CCGACGGCCCUGUGAUCUCAUCCAACUGCUGCUUUGUUCUUAAAUAUUUUCAAUACCUACACCUACACCUACACCUACACCUACUGAGUCGAUAGGCUGCUACAUCCUAGCGACGGUCGCAUCGCCCGGCCCAACCCACACCCACCAGCGCAAUGGCGUCACCUUCCUCGAACGACGCCGCCUCGAACCCGGCGCCAUUCGCCAAUUUCCCGCAAGACCCCUCCGAGUUUGACAGCGACCCGCGUAUCUCGUUCUCGAAAUUGGACGACAAGUUCAUCCUCGAAACCGACGACGGACAGGAAUAUGAAUACGAUACGGUUCUGAAGCGGUGGAUUCCGACGGUCGACGACGACUUGCUCCAGAAACAGCAAGAAGCCUACAAAGUCCAAGGGGUGGAUGAAGAUAGAGAGGUGACGGCGUCUCAACUGAAGAAGAAGCGCAAGCAACAAGGCAAUGGCGAAGAGGGCAAUGCACAGAAACAGAAGAAGCAGCGCGUUAACACGGCGGUCUUCGUGACGUCGAUCCCUCUCGAUGCCAAGUUCGACGAGAUCCGAGAUCUAUUUUCCAAGUGCGGCGUCAUCGCGGAGGAAAUUGACAGCGGUCGACCGCGGAUCAAGAUGUAUAACGAUGAUGACGGGAGCUUCAAGGGGGAGGCGCUUGUUGUCUACUUCCGACCGGAGUCCGUAAACUUGGCAAUUCAGAUGCUGGAUGAUUCGGAUUUUAGACUGGGCGUGACGGGACCGCACGGCCCGAUGCGCGUGCAGGCCGCAGAUUUCUCCUUCAAGAGUCAGCAAGAGGCACCGACGAAAACGAGCAUGAGAGAUAAGAGGAAGAUCAUUCAACGAACGCAGAAGCUCAACAGUAAACUUGCCGAUUGGGACGACGACGAUCCGUCAGCACUUCCAGAUACAAGCUCCCGCUUCGAGAAGGUCGUCAUCUUGAAACACAUGUUCACGCUGAAGGAGAUAGAUGAGGACCCGGCCGCUAUUCUGGACAUUAAGGAAGACAUUCGUGAAGAAUGCUCGAAGCUCGGAGAAAUUACGAACGUCGUCCUCUACGAUAAGGAGCCGGCGGGUGUUGUGAGCGUCCGCUUCCAGGACCCGGAAGCUGCCCGGAACUGUGUCAAGAUGAUGGACGGGCGCUAUUUUGCUGGCACGCGAGUGGAGGCUUACAUUUCUGACGGGAGUGAGAAGUUUAAAAAGACCAAUGAGAAGCGAGCAGCGCUCGAAGACAUGGCCGAGAAAGGGUUUGACGCAGAGGAUGAGGAAGAGCAGCGCCUGGAUGAGUUUGGCACAUGGUUGGAAAGCUCUCACACAGUGGAAAAUACUGCUAAGUGAGGUCGCUGCGGUGAUGAGGGGUUUUUAGGUAUAACAAGUAGAUCUGCAUCAACAGCGGCAAUUUGCUCAGAACAACUGGGGGGCCGCAGGGUAGGGAGGGCUUGAUGCCCGUAAUCAUCAAGACGUAAUG